UUUAAGCGACAAAGCAAGAGCCAUCUAUCAUACGAGUGAAAACUUGCCAUUGUAAUUGUUUAGACUUUAGACAAUAUAUUAGACACUUGCAUAGUACUGACAUGCAAUUAUAUUUAAUUGUAUUUUAUUUGAACAAUUUAUAAUUCUUCGUUUAAUGAUAUAAAAAUUUUCUCUUAAAACGUGUGUUUCAAAUUCUGAAAAUGUUGCGGCCGUUUUUCUCCAAACCAGGAGAAAGUACGUGGCAAGAGGAUAAGCCUGAUAUCGAUGCCCAUUCGUCAACACAAUUUGUUUACAAUGCGCAUCAUUCACUUGCACUUGACAUGCAGCGUCAACGAUUGCCUAUAUUUAAAAAUAAGGAUCAUAUUAUUUAUUUAUUGGAGAAAUAUCAGACUUUGGUUCUAGUGGGCGAAACAGGCUGUGGUAAAAGCACACAAGUGCCUCAGUACCUUCUUGAAGCAGGAUGGUGCGCAGACGGAAAAAAGAUUGGCAUCACGGAACCCAGAAGAGUCGCAGCCACCUCUCUAGCGAAUCGCGUGGCCGACGAACGCAAUUGUAUUCUAGGGACCACUGUCGGUUAUUGCAUACGCUUCGAUGAUUAUACCGAUGAAACGACCAAGAUUAAGUACAUGACAGAGGGUAUUCUUCUAAGAGAAUUAAUGAGUGACCCGUUAUUGACAAGCUAUUCAGUUAUUAUCUUAGACGAAGUGCAUGAGAGAACGCUCUUAACUGAUAUUAUAAUGGGAUUACUGAAAAAAAUAAUCAGGAAACGGAAGAGUAUGAGAAUUAUCGUCUCAUCGGCGACAGUUGACGCGGAGGAACUUCGAGACUUCUUUAAUAUAAAUACGACCAAAGACUCGAGCAAAGAUAGCGCUAUUAUAAUGAGCGUCGAGGGGCGAUUAUAUCCGGUAGAUGUUUUCUUUUUGAAAGAGCCAGUGGCAAAUUACGUUAACGGCGUAGUAGACACCGUUCUAAAAAUACAUGAAAUGGAAGAAUCGGGCGACAUCCUGACGUUUCUCACGGGACUCGAUGAAGUCGAUCAAGCCGUCUCUCUCUUGUCGGAACAUGCGAAGCUCAUAAAAGACGGUAAACAGAAACUGAUUCCAUUGCCGAUGUACGGAUCGCUUCCAAAUGCCGAACAGCUGAAGGUGUUCUGGAGAGUCGCCAAAGACACUCGCAAAGUUAUCGUAGCGACUAACAUUGCGGAAACGUCUAUCACCAUUCCAAAUAUCGUUUAUGUAAUCGAUUGCGGUUUCGUCAAGAUACCCUGGUUUGAAGCGGAAACACAGACGAAUAGUCUUGUUAUCGUACCCGUAUCGAAAGCUUCCGCCGACCAACGAGCCGGCCGCGCAGGUCGCAUUCGCACAGGAAAAGCAUUUAGAUUAUAUACGGAAGAAGCUUAUGCUGGAUUGUUCGAGGCUACUCCACCGGAAAUGCAACGAUCGGAUUUAGCGCCGGCAAUUCUGCAAUUGAAAGCACUGGGCAUCGACAACGUGUUGCGAUUCAAUUUUCCAUCUGCGCCGCCAAGCAAGAAUUUAGUCACGGGAUUAGAGUUGCUUUACGCAUUAGGUGCAAUCGACAAUAACGGCGAUUUAACGACACCGUUAGGCUUGACGAUGGCGGAGAUGCCUUUGGAACCAGUGUUGGCAAAAUCCUUAAUCGUCUCUGGUGAAAUGGGAUGUUCUGUUGAGAUCACAACGAUAUUAGCCAUGCUGCAAGUACAAAAUAUUUUUAUACAACCCGGUGGAGGACAAGCGGCUCUAAAAGCGAGAAUAGCGCAUCGCAAGUUUGAGGUGGAAGAGGGAGAUCUUCUUACUUUUCUAAAUGUCUAUACAGCUUUUGAACAGAAUAAAACGCCUGCCUGGUGCCAGAAAUAUUUUCUCAAUCACAAAGCUUUGCGGAGAGCCACAGAAAUUCGCAUGCAGAUGCAUAAGAUGUUGAAACGUUUGGACAUUUCGCUAACUUCUUGCAAUGGAAAUGUUCAACAAAUUCUCAAGUGUCUGACAGCUGGUCUUUUUCCUAAAGCGGCAUAUUUACACUAUACAGGUGUGUACAGAACAGUUCGAGGUAACAAGGAUUUAUAUAUUCAUCCAAAUAGCUGCUUGUAUACUCUGCAACAACCGCAAUGGUUAUUGUUUUGCGAAAUUUUGCAAACAAAUAAAACUUAUAUGAAGGAUUUGACUGUUAUUCAACCAGAAAUGUUAUUGGAAGCAGCUCCACAUUUUUAUGAAAGUACCUCUAUUGAAUCUGUUUAGAAUAUCACGAGCGAGUAAGCAAAAAUGUACAUAAGCAAAAGUAUCAUGUAACAUAAUAUGUAAAAAAUUGUCUAUUUAUAAUGGAUGUAAAAACACAAAAUGUGAUAUAUUUCAAGUUCACAGUUGCAUUUCAGUGUAAAGUAUAUGAAAUUGUAUUCAUGACCUUUUAUAUUUCAUAAUUAUUUAAUGUAAAAGAAUAAAAAACUAUGAGUCUUUUGUAUCUCAGUUAAUAAUAAAUAAUUUUAAAUCUUACGUAUAUAUA